AGAUUGGCGGAUUACGCCAGAGCCAGGGGGAGGUUGUCCCACUGAUUGUAAAGAGAGGGACAAUAGGUCCUUUAGUCUGAUUGGGUCCCCACGUUGGCAACACCCGGAAUGAGAGUGCACAGCCAGCCGUUAUAGAAGCAGCAUGAGAAUAUGCAAGUUUAUUUAUAUGUAGAUAGAGACCAGGGGAAACUUUAUAGAGAGGCCAACAAGAGAGAGCACUCAGUCAAGGUGACUUUAACAGAACUGAUGCACAUCAGGAGAGUUCUACACUUUUUAGAAAGGGUUCAGGCUAAGAAGAGCAGAGCGAUAAUAAAUAGACAAACAAGUGGAAGAGGAGAAGACACGGCAUAAAAAAGGAAAAAGAACGUCUGCAGCAGGAGUCAGGGAGUAAGUCAAGGCAAAGAGGAGCAUCACAAUGGGGGUCCGAGUGCAUCUUCCAUCCACUGUGGGCACCUUUCUGCUUCUUCUGACCCUUUGCUUUGUGACCGCUCUGCCUCAAGCCCUCCUGGAUAAACCAGCUGAGGAGGAAAACGCCAGAAGCCCGGCGCUGCUGCAGAGGGUGAAGCGAGGCUGGGUGUGGAAUCAGUUCUUUGUCUUAGAGGAGUACACCGGACUGGAGCCACUCUACAUUGGAAAGCUGCACUCUGACAUGGAUAAAGGUGAUGGUUCCAUCAAGUACAUCUUGACAGGCGAGGGUGCCGGUUCCACCUUCACCAUUGACGACAGCACUGGAGACAUCCAUGCCAUCCAGAGGUUGGAUAGGGAAGUGAAGUCCCAGUACCUUCUCCGUGCCCAGGCCCGGAACCGCCUCACAGACAGACCUCUGGAACCCGAAUCCGAAUUCAUUGUAAAGAUCCAGGACAUUAACGACAACGAGCCCAAGUUCCUGGAUGGUCCGUACCAGGCGACCGUUCCAGAAAUGUCUAGAAUAGGAACGUCUGUCAUCCAGCUCACAGCUACAGACGCUGAUGAUCCCACAUAUGGAAACAGUGCUCGUGUCGUCUACAGUAUCCUGAUGGGGCAGCCAUACUUCUCUGUGGACGCAAAGAGCGGUUUGGUGCGGGUGUCCUUAGCAGACAUGGACAGAGAAACCAGGGAGAACUACACCAUAGUCAUCCAGGCCAAAGACAUGGGGGGACAGCUGGGGGGGCUCGCAGGCACCACUACUGUCAACAUCACGCUGAGCGACGUCAACGACAACCCGCCAGUGUUUGACCAAAGGCUCUAUCAGAUGAGUGUGCCUGAGUCAGCCCCUGUCGGCUCAGUGGUGGGUCGGAUCUGGGCCAAGGACCGGGACGUUGGGGUCAACGCUGAGAUGAAAUACAGCAUCAUUGACGGAGAUGGGAGGGACACCUUUGACAUCAGCACAGACUCCACCAACCUCUUUGGCAUCAUCACGGUGAAAAAGCCAUUAAACUUUGAGCACAAGCCGAGCUACACCCUAAAGGUGGAGGGAGCCAACACCCACCUGGACCCCACCUUCCGUCACCGCGGGCCCUUCAAGGACGUCACCAUCGUACACGUGAGCGUGGAAGACGUGGACGAACCGCCCCUGUUUGACUCGCCGUCGUACUACAUCGAGCUUCCAGAAAACGCUGAGAUCGGGACCAUGUUGAAGACAGUGUCAGCGCGAGAUCCAGAUGCUGCCAACAACACAGUGAGGUACUCCAUCGAAAGGACGAGUGACCCUGAAAAAUUCUUCUACAUUGAAAUCACAUCCGGGGCGCUGAUGACGGUGCGGUCACUGGACCGAGAGGAGGUGGGCUGGCACAACAUCACAGUCCUGGCCAUGGAGAUGAAUAAUCCAUCGCAGAUCGCAAGCGUGUCUGUAGCUGUGAGGGUCCUGGACGUUAACGAUAAUCCUCCAUCGCUGGCGCAUUACUUGGAGACAUUUGUUUGUGAAAAUGCUAAAGCGGGACAGCUGAUCCAGACCGUCACGGCGGUGGACCCAGAUGAGCCUCUGGGGGGGCAGCGCUUCUACUACAGCUUGGCUCCAGAGGCCGCUAACAACCCCAACUUCACACUGAGAGACAACCAAGACAACACGGCGUGGAUCCUGACGCGCCGCGGAGGCUGGUCACUCCAAGACCAGACCGUCUUCUACUUGCCCAUCUUCGUGUCUGACGGCGAGCAGCCGAUGCAGACCAGUACGAGCACUCUGACCAUUCGGGUUUGCAGCUGCGACCAAGAUGGAAACGUCAUGACGUGCAACGCCGAGGCCUUCAGCCUGCCUGCCAGCCUCAGCAAAGGAGCACUGAUUGCUAUACUGGCCUGCAUCUUCGUCCUACUGGUGAUGAUUCUUCUCAUGCUCUCGCUGCGGACCCACCGUAAAAAGCCCUACCUCUGUGACAAGGAGGAGAACGUGCAUGAAAAUAUAGUGCGCUACGACGACGAGGGCGGCGGCGAGGAGGACACAGAGGCUUUUGACAUCGCCGCCAUGUGGAACCCCCGCGAGGUGCUCCACCCCCUCAGUAAGAUGAGGCAGGACAUGAUGCCGGAGAUCGAGAGCCUGUCCAGAUACGUCCCUCAACCGUGUGUGAUUGGCGUGGGCGGCGGCGGGGACAGCAACGUUCACAGUUACGUGCUGGCGAAGCUCCUGGAGGCCGACCUGGACCCGUGCGCCCCGCCAUACGACUCCCUGCAGACCUACGCUUACGAAGGAGAAGGCUCGGUGGCCGAUUCGCUCAGCUCGUUGCAGUCGGGAACGUCGAACGCCGACCAUGAGUACGACUACCUGAACGACUGGGGGCCGCGCUUUAAAAAACUUGCAGAGAUGUAUGGAGUUCUUGAGACAAACACCCCUUCGAUGUGGUAGAGGAAGGGGAAAGCCAAACACACAAACGAGAAGAGACAGAAAAGCUGGGAUGUGUCCGUACUCUGCAUCCGAAAGCUGGAUCAUCAGCAGCCUGCAGCAGCAGCCUGAGCUGGUUUUAAAUCUUCUUCACAGACAGGCUGGAUUUUUUAAGCCUCUUGGGACCUCUUGGAGGAACAGCUUCAAAGCACAUGUUAUCCCCCCCCUCCUCUGGUCUGAAUCCGCCAGAGGCAGAGCCCCUUCGGUUCAAAGUGUUUGGGCUCCAGAUGAAAACUCCCUACACCACCAGAGAGAUGUUUGUGCUGUUACUCUGAGAGAAAGCAAAGCUUUUGAUGUGUUUUUGGUCCUAAUUUACUUCCUUGUUUCAUGUUUUGUAUUUAUGCUUUAAUUUAUUUGGGUUCUUCAACUAGCACUGUACGUAAUGAGAGGAAAAACUCCUAAAGAUCAUACCUGUUGUAACUUUUAAUACAUAAUGUAGCCAGCUUCUGUUUGUGAGAGAGGAGCUUUCAACUCCCUUCUAAAGGUCAUGUCACAUGCAGAGGUGAAGCCGUGUUCUUAUGUGGGUCUUAAGUGAUAUGUUUUUUAUUUUUCUGCUCUUUGUAUUAAAAACCCCAAAACUAUUUCUUGAAAACAUAAAGUUAACCAUAGAUCUGUAUAUGAAGCAGGAUGAAGGCUUAUCUCAACAAAAACCUGGAUAGGGGAACAAGCACACGACCAAGUCGCCUUUUCUACUUCCGAUCCCACCGCCGUGCCAACCGGAGUCUGACAGCGGAGAGGCUCCAUCUGUCCUGUUGGAGAUACAUGUCACCUUUUUUUUUUUUUUCUGGACUAUCCGGCAAACCGUUUGGACUGCAGGAACACUGAUAAACCUGCAAUAAGUGCCAAAUGUAAAAAAGGAUCAAGAAGACUUUUAAGGGGCGAAAAAAAGGACACGAUAAUACAGA